UGACCAAAUGAUCAAACACCAUUAUAAAGUUCUACUCUCUCCACAACAUCUAGUGAACUCAUCUCUUUCAUUAUCUUCAUCUUCUUUUUGAAAUGAAGAAAUUUGCAACUAUGUCUCUUCAAUCUUUCUUGCUUCUCUCUCUCUUCACCAUCUUCUCUACAAUUCCAAUCGCUUCUUCAACCCCACCAUCACUCUCUUACUCUGAUCACUGCUCUUCAACUGUCCCUGAAUCAAACCCAACUAUCCCUGACUACACAAUCUACCCCCAUCUCCAAUCACCCUUCAGCUACUACCACGGCGGCGAUGGACUUCUCACCACCACCACCACCACCACCUCCACCACCAACUUCUCUCAAUUCUCUUUCAAUCACCACAAAUAUAUCUCAUUCGAACCCACCAAACACAUCUUCAAAACCAAUACAAAUGGAGUUUACAAAAUCGAAGCCUACCUUCACUUGCAAUCCACAAACGAUUAUUACUACUCUCGCCAUGGCCGAUAUUUCAACGAUUCUCGGAGUUCAGUGAAGUUUUUGCUAAAUGGGUUUUUGUCAGAGAAAUCUGGGAAAAUUUGCAUGGUGGGUUCAGCAAAAAAUCUCAAUUUCCAUGCAGUUUUGAAGCUCAACUAUGUCAUGAAUCCCACCAUAGUUGAUAGCUUGAUUUCUGGAAGGUUGGUGAGUUUGAGCUCUUCAACUGAUUCGAAUUACUUCGAACCUGUUUGGAUCUUGGGCUUCUCUGAAACCCGUAAUUACAAGUACUCAGGAGAGUCUGGUAAUGGGUGUGAUAGUGGGAUUGAUUUUCCAACUGAUCAAUCUCUUUCGUUGCCGCCAAGAAAGUUCUGUUCAUCACAGAGGCGAAUCGAUGCCGUUUUAACGUACAAGAACGAGUGCAAUUCUUCUACGAAGAAGAAGAAUUGCACUGUUCUUGAUGACGGUAUUGAUUAUUUGCCUCGCGUGAUGUCCAUGGACUCGAUUCAGUGCUCUGAGGAAGAGCGAAAGGUUCGGUUCUUGAUACAAUUCGGGAACGGUAGUUAUAUGGGUUACGAUCAGCCUUUCGAACCCAAUUCAACGCUGGUUGCAGAAGCGUCGUGGGAUGCGGAAAAGAGCCAGUUAUGCAUAGUUGCUUGUAGAGUCUUGAAAGACGAUCACGUUGGCAAUUGCUCGAUCAGGAUGAGCUUGAGGUACCCUGCUUUGUGGUCAAUCAAGAACAGGGAAGCUAUUGUUGGGCAGAUUUGGACUAACAAGACUGUCAAUGAAGCAGGUUAUUUCAACAAAAUCAUGUUUGGAAGCUAUGAAAAUAACAUGGUUGGGGUUUCUGGUUUGAGAUAUAAUUAUACCCAAAUGGAAAGAGUGAGAAAAUCAUGCCCAAUGAACAACAACAAUCCUGUUAAAAGAAAGGGGGAGAGAUAUCCCGAGGCGAAGUCUUAUGACAUGAGGCUUCACAACAUGAGAAUCAAAGAUUCCAAGGGGAAAAAUGCUUGGGGUACUGCAUAUCCCGUGUUGGUGGGGGAUGAAAGUUAUGAAGACAAUUCCAUGGUCGUGUUCAGCUCAGUGCGCGAUGAGUCUGAAAUGGAGGCAAAGAGAAGCUAUACUGGCCCAUUGAAUAUAAGCUAUGCCAUAAGUAUUUAUGGCAUUUCAUCCCUUACUAAUCUUGCCUCCAAUCCACUCAACAUACUUCAAAUUUCUGCAGAAGGUGUCUAUGAUGAGGAAACAGGAAAUCUCUGUAUGGUAGGGUGUACAAAGCUGAGUAAAGAUGGUCAGAGAUCAAAAACUGAAUCAAUUGACUGUGAGGUGGUUGUGAAAUUCCAAUACCAACCGAUGAAUUCAAAAAAUGGGGGUCAAAUCAAGGGAACCAUUCAGAGCACGAGGAAGGAAACCGACCCUCUUUACUUCGCACAAUUGGAAGUGUCUGCAUCGACAUACUACACCGAGGAUGCGAGGAAUUCAAUAUGGCGAAUGGAUUUGGAAAUCGCCAUGGUUUUGAUCUCCAACACGCUCGCUUGUGUCUUCGUGGUGUUACAAAUCUUUUACGUGAGGAAAAACCCGGGAUUGCUUCCCCUUGCGUCUCUUGUCAUGCUUGUGAUCCUUGUUUUCGGGCACAUGAUUCCACUUGUGUUGAACUUUGAGACCCUCUUCUUGGAAAAACGCGAUAGGCGUAGGCAAUUGCUCAGGAGUGGUGGAUGGUUUGAAGUUAAUGAGGUGAUGGUGAGAAUUGUCACAAUGGCGGCUUUCUUGUUGCAAUUCCGACUACUCCAAUUGACAUGGUCUGCGCGAUUGGGAGGCGAAAAAAACCAAAAGGCCUCGUGGGUUGCAGAAAAAAAGGCUCUAUUUGUGUCAAUACCAUUAUACAUAGUCGGGUUUUUGGUUGCAUUGUUUCUCAAUUUGAGGAACAAUAAGUCCGACAAUUCAAUGUAUUCUUCCUAUGAUGUUGCUGCUACUACUGUUGUACAUCAACAAAAUUCUCUAUGGGGGGAUCUAAAAUCUUAUGGUGGUUUGGUCCUUGAUGGGUUCCUCUUCCCUCAAAUCCUCCUCAACAUGUUCCGAAUUUCAGGCGAAAAACCCCUUUCGCGCUCAUUCUACAUUGGAACAACAUUUGUUCGCUUGUUACCACACGCGUACGAUCUUUACAGGGCUCACAACUACGCUCGCGAACAAUUUGAAGAGUCAUAUAUCUAUGCAAACCCGAGCGCAGAUUAUUAUUCCACGGCUUGGGAUGUCGGUAUUUCUUGUGGGGGUGUAGCAUUCGCAAUCAUCAUUUACUUGCAGCAGCGAUUUGGGGGCCGGUUUUUCCUUCCCCGGAAAUUUAGGGAGGCAGAAGCAGUGUAUGAGAAGGUGCCUGUGGUAAGCAGUGAAUAAAUUGUUAGAGGAAAUAAGCUUUUAAAAUAUUUGUUUGUUUUGCAAUUAUAGGUUUUGUGUGUUCUAACCUUGUAAGUUUGUGCUAAGCUAUCUCUGUCUAUGUAUCUUGAAUAAGAAAAAAUGAUAUCUCGUGUAUCUAGUUGCAGAAAAAAUGAUAUCUCGUGUAUCUAGUUGCAGAAAAUAUUUUCUUAAGCAAAACUUUUCCGGUAAAA